AUGAGUUGUCAGGCCUUCUCAAGAAACAUUGGACCAGCUCUUAUUGCUUGGUUUCUUCUGAUAUUUCUUACUGGCUUGUACUUAGUGUUUAUUUGUUGGGAUUUUAGCGAAGAAACGAGUUAUGCGUUCACAGCCGGACAUUCGCUGCUUUUCUUUUUUGUCAUUUCUGCUUUUGGUAGAGCGACGUUUAUGGACCCUGGUUAUUACGCAAUGGGUGUUCCUGGUGAGAAAAUGACUACGAUGGAGAAGGGCUCUCCUCGCACUGUCAUGUAUAAAUCUGUAGAUAUAAAUGGAAUACCCACUCGCUUGAAAUGGUGUGUUACAUGUGAGUUUUAUAGACCUCCACGAUGCUCCCAUUGUUCAAUUUGCAAGCAUUGCAUUGAUACAUUUGAUCAUCAUUGCCCAUGGUUGAACAAUUGUAUAGGUCGGAGAAACUAUCGGUACUUUUUCUCUUUUCUCCUCUCAUUGACACUGCAUAUGAUCAUUGUUUUUGGUGUGUCAGUAACAUACGUACUAAUGCGUACAAACCAGCUUUCUCACUACAAAGUUAUUAUUGCUAUUGGUGUUUUGAUCUUGGUGGGUUUACUACUGCUCCCCGUUUUGGGUUUGACAGGUUUCCAUAUUUUUCUUGUCAGCAAGGGGCGUACUACAAAUGAACAAGUUACUUCGAAAUAUGAUCUUGAUAUGAAUCCCUAUGAUCGGGGUCUGUACAGGAACUGGAUGAACAUCUUUUGCACCUCCCAGUUACCAGUACUCAAUCGGUCAAAUGUAGUUGAAGUGGAUAUGUGGGGAAUAUCUUAUAAUGGAAAAUCUAUUCCCCAUCUACAGGCGUCGGAUUUUCGAUCUUCGCUUAAUAAUUCUGAACUUCCGAAUAAUUGUAAACCUUCUGAUGACUCAGCUAACGCUGUUAAAGAAAAUGCAAUUGUUUGUGAGAAGACAGAUUCAAGGAAUAAGAUUAACCAUGCUACCGAACAACAAAAUACUGCUGAUGAUGUGGUUGCCGGUGUUCAUCGUGAUUUAGACAAUUCUCUUUUACCUAAUGCAAACGGCAAAAAUGCAUCUGUCAAUGACUCACCAAAUGCUCUUGUUAUUGCUGCUGACCAAGAAAUGGUGUCCAGAUCUCAGUCACCUGUGCAUGGAAGAAGUGGUGAAAUAAAAGUGAAUUCCAACCCUUCUUCACUGGGAAUAAAGUCAAAGUUAUUAGGUAAUAAAGAUCAAGGUAAAGGCCAACAAACUGACACGUAUACCCCGAAGCAUAUUGCAAAUUUACAUAGUAUGGGUGUUGAUUCAGUCUCCGCUGCUCAAACAGGCGGUAAUGUUCAAAUGGAAAUUAUGUCUAAUAGAGAUCACUUUGGCACAGCAGGAGAUCAUAAAACACCUUUGUUAAGAUCCCAAGAAAAUUCUGAUGUCGAAUUAAUUCGUGGACGUCAGUUACAAAAAUUCACUUCAGAUAAUCAAAGUAAAUCAAGUAAUUCUCUUCAACGUAAGCAACAAGAGCAAGGUAUCACUGUUGGGAUUGGAAGGAGUUCUUCACGUGAUUUCAAUCCUUCUCGUUCCAGUGAAAACACGUGUCCACGCACCUCUUCUACUUCGAUGAUGAAUCUUCGUGAUCGUGUUAGUUUAUCAACGAACACGAGUCCUGCUACGUUUUCUCAAUCACGAUAUGGUACUGCUCAGGAUUUGAAUGUUACGCCAUCUUCACCCAAGUCUCAUUCACCUUUAACUGUUCGUGAUAUGCAUCACGGUCUUUCUGGUGUGCAUACUUCUAAUCCUCAGUUUGUAAAUUAUCCGCACAACAAUGUGUCAAAGGGUUUCAUGAAAUCAGUGAGAUCUGAUCAUCGUCGGCAUCCACCCACCCAUCAGGUUUCUCGAACACCUGGUACUCAAGGAAAUCAAAAACAUGUGCUGUCUCACCAUAGUGGAGCUAUCCAUCAGUUGCCUCCACAGUCACCUCAUGGUCUUCCUCCUCCUUUACCUCCGCAUGGUUCACAAAUGAGUAUCCCUCAUGUCCGUCCAAUGUGGUCUCCUGUGGUACCUCCUCAUGGUCUUUCUGUAUCAUCUCCGUAUUUUUCGCCGUUUGAUACAACCAGUCACUUGUCUGAUGGUGCUCCCACUUCUCACCUUCGUUUAGUAAGACCGCCUUACUUUGGUAAUCCUAAUAUCUGUCCAGUUGAUGAAUCCCAUUUUUUCAUAGACAAUUCACGUCUAAAUGAAUCAUCGGUUUCUAAAAAUAUUUCCCACUCCUUUGCUUCAGCAUAUAACCCUUCAGUCAUAACACAAGCUUCAUCUCGUCCUACUCCACCCUUACCGCCGCAUAAUCGCAUUGUUAGUAGAUCUAAUGCACCAAAUAAUCGAAUGCAGCUAACCGGUCCAAAAAAUGCUAAUCAUUUAAUUCCUGGAUGGCAACUUGAAGGUGAUUCUAGUUCUCCUGAUGGAACUUUUGAGAUCUCAGUUUGA